GUACAAGCUGAACAAAAGACCCCACUAUGGCUGCUGCUGCAGAUUGCGCCCAUCAAGAACGAGCGCGACCUGGUGGUGCUGUUCCUGCUCACCUUCAGGGACAUCACCGCCCUCAAGCAGCCCAUCGAGUCGGACGACUCAAAGGGCGGGCUGUCCAAGUUCGCCAAGCUGGCGCGGUCGGUGACGCGCUCCCGGUCGGUGCUGGUGUCGCAGUUCUCGUCGCACCUGCCCAACCUCAAGGACACCACCAAGCAGUCCCACCUGGCGCACAUGAUGAGCCUGAACGCCGACGUGAUGCCGCAGUACCGCCAGGAAGCGCCCAAAACGCCGCCGCAUAUCCUCCUGCACUACUGCGCCUUCAAGGCCAUCUGGGACUGGGUGAUCCUGUGCCUCACCUUCUACACCGCCAUCAUGGUCCCCUACAACGUCGCCUUCAAGAACAAGACGUCUGAAGAUGUGUCCUUGCUAGUGGUGGACUCGAUCGUGGACGUGAUUUUCUUCAUCGACAUCGUGCUCAACUUCCACACGACGUUCGUGGGGCCCGGCGGGGAGGUGGUGUCGGACCCCAAGGUCAUCCGCAUGAACUACCUCAAGAGCUGGUUCAUCAUCGACCUGCUGUCGUGCCUGCCCUACGACGUCUUCAACGCCUUCGACCACGACGAGGACGGGAUCGGCAGCCUGUUCAGUGCGCUCAAGGUGGUGCGCCUGCUGCGGCUGGGGCGCGUGGUUCGGAAGCUCGACCGGUACCUUGAGUACGGCGCGGCCAUGUUGAUCCUGCUGCUAUGCUUCUACAUGCUCGUGGCGCACUGGUUGGCGUGCAUCUGGUACUCGAUAGGCCGCAGCGACGCCGACAACGGCGUGCAGUACUCGUGGCUGUGGAAGCUUGCAAACGUGACUCAGACCCCGUACGCGUACGUGUGGAGCAACGACAGCGCUGCGCCCGAGCUCGUCCACGGGCCGUCGCGCAAGACCAUGUACGUGACGGCGCUCUACUUCACCAUGACCUGCAUGACGAGUGUCGGCUUCGGCAACGUCGCCGCCGAGACCGACAACGAGAAGAUCUUCACCAUCUGCAUGAUGAUCAUCGCA